AUGGCAAAUGCACGCCUAGCAAGGUUCAUUACAGAAGUUGCACCACCACAGAUUGUUAGUGUCAUGAGGCACAGAACUGCAAAGGUGUUGGAUACAAUCACAGAGGAGGAGAGAGAGUAUACUAGCCCUAAUGAUUCUCUCAUUUCCUCGCCCAAGGGUUCAUCCUCGUCGGCCUCUUCCUCACCAUCAGCACUAAGUUUCGCUUCUGCUGCUGCUCGUACUGAUGCCAAGUACUUUCUGAAGGGAGUUCACAGGUCUUUGGCAAUGUUCCGUCGUCAGUGAGAGCCAUUGAAGGCUAGGCUGAGAAAAUAAGUACAGGAAGCUAGCCUCGAAGGCGUUAUCUAUGACAUAUUUAAGUUGCAGCCGUGUUUUUAAGGCAUAUUUUUAUCCUCCUUUGUUUCUUUUUUUGGUUCAACUACUGUGGUCAUGGAGAAUUUGUGAUAUGACCAAACCAGCUGAGCUGAGACUGUAAAAGGGAACCAUUUCUCUA